AUGUACACCUUCCAGAGGAGUGACCCCAUCAAUAUCAAAGUCAAGACCUGGAUGAUGCUUACUAAUGAAGAUUGCCCGUCCUCUUCAUCCCAUUCUUCAUCAUGUUGGUUGUGUCACUGUCGGCCAACUCCCUGCUGNGUCUCUUCGCACAAACAUUUCAUCCUCAAUGGCUUCAAUGAACUUGGAGUUCUGAGGCCCGUCCUCUUCAUCCCAUUCUUCAUCAUGUUGGUUGUGUCACUGUCGGCCAACUCCCUGCUGCUGUAUAUCAUCAUUUCACAGAGGAGCCUCCACUUGCAGAUGUACAUCCUCAUGGCCGGCAUGGCUUGUGUGGACCUGAGCCAACCAGUGUUAUCUAUCCCCAACAUGUUGCUGAGCUUCCUGUUUGUCUGGAGGGGAAUCUCUCUGAUUGGCUGCCUGACUCAGAUUUACUUUGUUCAGCUUGUAGCAGGUUUUCAGUCCACAUUGUUGGUGUGGAUGGCACUGGGCCGCUACUUUGCCAUCUGCACGCCACUCCACUACCAUGAACACAUGGCGUUACCACGAUUCCUAAAGUUCAUGAUUCUAAUUAUUAUUAGAAACAUCUUCCUGAACACAUUAAUGGUGAGUCUGGCAGGAUCGUUGUCAUUCUGCUCUGGGAACGUGUCUGACCACUAUUUCUGUGAGCACAUGGCCUUAAUGGGACUUGCAUGCGGAAGCACCGCCAUAAACAACCUGGUUGGGCUCAUGGGCUUGUUCCUCAUCCCUGUAGCAAACUUCAUCUUUAUCACCACCUCCUACAUAGUCAUAUUCACCUCUGUGCUGAGUUCCGGUAAGUCGGGUGUCAAAACACUUUCCACCUGCGUUACCCACGUUGUGGUCAUGACCAUCUGCCCGACCUUCGCAAUUGUUGCUCUCCUGUCAUAUCAGGUCAGAAACGGUCUUCCUGCCGCCAUUAACGUUUUCUUCAGCACUAUGUACGUGUUGUUCCUGAGCUGCUUCAACCCGAUCAUCUACGGCAUCAGAACCGCAGAGAUCCAACAGCACAUUGUGAAAAUACUCACGUGUUGUCGCUUUAUCAAGACUGUGCACUAUUCUUAA